CAGACAGACAGAAGCAUCUAACCGGACAUAAACCACAGGAGGUGUUUGAAAGUGAUGCUUUGACAGUUUGAAGGGCUUCCUGAGACUCGCGCCACUGCCAUGGUGGUGCGCUCUGACCUGUUGGGUACGGCUCAGCUGGCGUUUGAGUCCUGGCCUGCAGGCAGUGGCAGUUCUGUGGAGGAGCUGGACGUCAGGAGUUUCCUGGGCUCACUGAUGGAGGAGAACAGCACAGCGGAGAGAUGUUAUCGCUCUCACUCCCGCAGCAGCGUCCUGCAAGGCCUGCCCUUCGGAGGAGUCCCCACCGUCCUCGCCAUCAACGUUGUUCUGUGGCUGUUCCUGCUUCUAAUCUUCUCCUGUUUGAGGAAAGCAGCGUGGGACUACGGUCGCCUGGCUCUGCUUAUGGAAAAUGACAGCUUGACAUCACUAUUCUAUGGAGAACAAAGUGAGAAAGAGAAAACCCCAUCAGAAUCCAGCCCAUCAGACUCAGAGACCAAGGACAUGGGCUUCUGUUCCUGGCUCACAUCUCUGUACCACAUGAAGGAUGAAGAGAUCCGCAGUAAAUGUGGCAUUGACGCGAUCACAUACCUGUCUUUCCAGCGUCAUAUUAUUCUGCUCAUGACGGUGGUGUGUUUGCUGUCGCUCACCAUCAUCUUGCCUGUCAACCUCUCUGGAAACCUCCUAGGAGAUAGCCCACAGAAUUUCGGCCGAACAACAGUGGUUAAUGUUCCUGCACAGAAUGCAUUUCUGUGGCUGCACAGCAUCUUUGCUCUGCUGUAUUUUGUGAUCACAGUACUGUGCAUGGCCCAUCAUUCCUCACGACUGGAAUACAGAGAAGAUGAGAAGGUGGCCAGAACUCUAAUGAUAACUUCAGUUCCCAGAGAAAUCUCUGAUCCCGGACUGAUCACCAAACACCUGCAUGAAGCCUACCCUAGCUGCACCGUCACAGACAUCCGGUUCUGCUUUGAUGUACAAAAACUAAUGAAGCUGGACUCAGAAAGGCGAAAAGCAAUGAAAGGAAGGCUGUACUUCACAACCAAAGCUCAGAAGGAAGGCAGGAUCAUGAUAAAGUCUCACCCCUGUGCACAGAUCUUCUGCUGUGAUAUAUGUGGCUUUGAACAGGUGGAUGCGGAGCAGUAUUACAGUGAACUGGAGGAGAAACUGACAGAUGAGUUUAAUGCAGAGAAGAACCGUAUCUCUAUGAAGAGGCUGGGCAUUGCCUUUGUUACCUUCAGAGAUGAGAGAAUGACUGCCGUUAUUGUGAAAGACUACGGCCGAGUUCGGUGCCGCCACAGACCCCAGCAGUCCAGCAUUACCACAGUGGUGCGGUCCCAUCAGUGGGGUGUUUCUUACGCCCCGGCCCCUAAUGACAUCAUCUGGUGA